AAAGAAUUUCGAUCCGAAGUCAUCGCGACGAGCUUCGCUGCAAAAACGUGACCAGUUGUGUAUAUCCAGCACUCCGACAAAGCAGCCCACCCCCCCUCUUCAGCCCACAUCAUGUCGUCGCCGUGCAGAAUAGCAGCUCGCAGCUGCGCUCGCUCCAUCCGCGCCCGAAGCUCCUUCCGACCAUCCACAUCCUUCAUCCAGAGGAGGUGCGAAUCGACCGAUGCUGCUGUUUCCACCAACCCCAAGAUCGCCGGUAUCGUCGACCAGAUCAGCCAAUUGACUCUGCUCGAGACUGCCGACCUUGUAACGACCCUCAAGAAACGCCUCAACAUCCCCGACCUCCCAGUAGGAGGCUUCGCCGCUGCAGCCCCCGCCGCGCCCGCAGCCGCAGAAGAAGAGGAGGCGGCACCGGCCGCGCAAGAGAAGACGCUGUUCUCGGUAAAGCUGCAAUCCUUCGACGCCGGCGCCAAGGCCAAGAUCAUCAAGGAGAUCAAGGGCCUGCUGGGCCUGUCUCUGGUGGAUAGCAAGAAGUUCGUCGAGAGUGCGCCCAAGAUGAUGAAGGACAGCGUGCCCAAGGACGAGGCUGAGAAGAUCAUGGCAACCAUGAAGGAGCUGGGUGCCGUUGUCGUCAUGGAGUAAAGGAUAUCCUUCCAACCAAAGUGGACACGGCCAGGAGAAAACUCCAUUGAUCAUUGUGGCAGGCAUGAGACUCUUUCAUGGGAACAGCCAGACAGCAAUUGGAUGAGAUGUACGAACACAGAUAUAGAAGGGAGGCAGAGGAAAUGUGUAUACAUGUAUAUCCUACCUUGUAACAAUACAAACUAAGAUCAAGCAUCUCAAUUAUGG